AUGGAUAAGGAGAUGAUGCCCGAGGAACCUGCCGCCCCAAAGGUGGAGGCUGUACCCGAGGACAUCCAACAGGAAGAGCCCCAACAGCCUCGUCCACCAGAGCCGCUUCAGCAGUACCCCUCUCCUCGUGUCGAGGACUCUGAUGCUUCCUUCUUCCAGGGUGACCGGCAGCUCGACCAGCCGCCGGAUCAGCAGCAUGCAGAACCCCCAACACCGCCCCAGCGAGCGUCUCGCCCAGAUGUGAAUGCGGAGGAUCUCCAGUUGGGUGUUCCAGGCGAGGACCAGAUCCAGCAGUUGCAGCUUGCUGCCCAGAUGUCCCAGGCCAUCUCCGGCGUGGUCGGCGGCUCGAACCCGGAAGAGGAUGAAUUCGACUCCCAAGAGCCGAACCUUCAGAGCCUCCAACAGCUUCAAGACACGCCGGACGCCCACAUGCAGGGCCAGGAGCAUGUGCUUCCCGAGCUACCCGAGAAUAUCCAGCCCAACAUACAGCAGGAUCUACAGCAGAGUCUCCAGCAUGUCAUGCCGCACCCAGACGGCCAGCAGGAACCUCAGCUGUCCCAACAUGGGCAGCACACGUCCCACGCACACCAUGCCCAAUAUAUGGACCCUCAACAACAGCCUCCCCAUCUCGGUCCACCUGUUCCCAUGGGGCUUGGCCAAGCCCAGUACGGUGUCGGUGAUGUACCUCCCCGCAAGAGAUCAAAAAAGCGCGGGCCGUCAAAGGGUUACAUCAAGGAAUUGGCCGACAGGAUCCACUCCAUCGAGGGCAAGCUAGGAGGACAAGCAGCAGCAGAUGCUCUAGCCGGAGAGCUGGCUUCAUUGCCGAGACGAGAUCUCGCGGAUAGCUAUGCUGCUGCGGCUGCCGCAACGGCAGACGAGUCUCGAAAGCGGCCGUAUGCUCACAUUUCUACCGAAAACUUUUCUACUCCUUCCCCCAUCAGGCAGACUGGACCGCCCUCGGAAUCUCGCCCUGCAUUUUCCCAACAAGCAUCCUACUCUGCCAACAGCCUGGGUCUCAAGCCCCUUCUGCCAAGAGAGAGUACCAGCACGACACCGCCGCACCCUCCCAACGUAGAACCUCUCCAAGAGGAAUCGCAACCCUCCCAACCUGAUCAUCUUGUCCCCGGGGUUCAAGAUGGCGCUUUCAACGCGUAUCUGGCUAUCGUGCACCACGUCUUGCCCUUCCUGCCCAGCUCCAAAGACAUUCUGAACUCGCACUUGGCACAUUGCAGUCCCAAUCUGCGGAACGCUUUCGUCGAGGCUCUGAAUUCUGCUAUUGGAUCAUUUGCCGUGCGUGAUGUCCAAGGCAGUCUAGCCAAUGCCAAUCGACUUCUAGCAGACUUCGAGGUUGAAGGUGGCAGAAAGUCGCAAAUUUCUGGUCUAGUUCACUUGCAGUGUCUGAUUCUCAUGAUCAUCAACACUGACAAUGUCGGCCCGCCCUCACUCACCGGAGAACACGAGGGACCAGCCAAGGCUUCCCUACUCGGCCGAGCCGCCGGUGUAGCAUACGCCAUGUCCGUCCCACAAGAGGCUACCGCGCUGGAUGGCGUCUCCAAUGUUGAGUCAGACCAGUGCAUUCGGGUCCGGGCGUGGUGGACAUUGGUCAUACUGGAUCGAUGGAAUGCCCUCUCAACAGCCACUCCCUUGAUAAUCUCUGGUGAUACGAUAGUCCUGCCGUCGAAUCUUAAGCCGAUUGUGGGCGAAGCAAACUUUCGCUUUACUUUGCUAUCGUAUAUAAUGGGACAUUGGGUGCCCGCGUCGGUGCUCGCGCCUACGAACUCGACUCCAGGAUCCGCAGCAAGGGCCGCAGCUACAUUUCACCUGAACAUGGAAAUGUGGCGGGCUCAUUUCCCUGGAGACAUCCAUCCGGACGUGGAACCUGUACUGCAUCUCGCGUACUGGCAUUGCCGAUUGCUUGCGUUCCUUUUCACGCCGUCUUCUCUGCUGUCAGAUGUUCUUUGGGCUGUCAAGGAAUCCGUUGGGCUUCUGACCACGCACUCCCAGAUGAUAAGCCCGCUAAACCAUCACUUCACGUCUUUGGUUGCGCUGUGUCUAAUCGAGCUGGCAAAUCUCAAGGCUUCAGAGGGGGAAGCCAAGGAGCUAUUGAAUCAGCUUUUGGAGGCGAACAUUGCCCCAUCGAGUUGGGAUGGGCCAAUUCGAUACAAGAUUCGGGACACGAUGCGCCCUCUUCCUAAUGAGUCUACCGAGGUUACUGCGAGCCAAAGCCUUCAACAUCUCGCCGACCUUGCUGCCGCAGAGGCUCCGCCGGCUGGUGUCAGUAACGGAGCAACCGCGCCUCUUGCGGUAAUGGAGCCGGACCAUGGGGAUAUCGAAGAUGUGCUGAAAUUCCGCACUAGCGAUACGUACGAAGACCUCGGUUUCGACCCGCGACAGAUGUUGUGCGGCGGCUAUCUCAAUGCCAUCGGCCAGUACCCCUCUUAG